AGGUUUUUGACCGUGCAACUUGCGAUGUGGUAGGAGGAAUGAAAGUGGGGUUAUUGUAUUUCCUUUUAUAGUUAUACCUAUAAUGUACUUGUGUAAUGGACACGACAUUAGUUUAAAAUAAAUCCGUACUGGCAACAUUGGACAUUGAAUCUAUAUUUCACGCGUCAUAAAUAAUAAUCAUCCAGUCCAUAUCCCUCAAAGACCUGCUGCGUCUCUCUACAUGCUUGCCCUUUCCCUCGGACCACAUUCGCUGCAGUGCCUUUCUCCUUUCUUCACUCCAUUGCCAGCGGCCUGCGGUGCGAUCACUUACACAGAUGCGCAUUUUCUAGACUAAGUCAAUGGCGCUUCUAGGGACUUUACUAUGCGCCUUGUCUGUGUGAGAUUUACGAGCAAGCGAUCGUUCCGGAGUGAGUACAUCUAACAAUGUGGAUUGCCCACUGAAUUUACCCCUACAUGUCACUGUGCAAACACGGCUGGAUGAGGACAUGAAUUUAGCAAGCAUGCUACCCAGAGACCUACCUAGUCUUCAAAGCCUCUUGGCUUUGAAUAAUUACAUUGCAUUCAAUGAGAGAUCUCGUUGGGACUUUAUGUAUGAACUGUCUAAGGAAUCGUCAUUUAAUGUUGCUACACGAAGAUUGUUGAUUGUUUUACUUAUCUGGCAACGUGCAACCUAAUCCUGGCGCUGAGUUGCAAUGUAUUCAGAUGCCAUCUGAUUGUAAAUCCUUGUCGAUAUAUCACAAUGAUUGUGAAAGACAUUUGUGGUGAUGGUAUGAUAUUUAAGACCAAGCAUUGCAGUUCAUGAUCAUUCAGCCAUUGAAUUUCCUGACACUGAAUAUUUUUUUAUUUUAUGUAUAUCAUGACACCACCACCCUUUGCUCCGUCUCUCCUGAACAUAUUACAGCCAGGAAUGUUAAGUGCUGCAGAGGGGGCAUUGUUAUAGAUUUUAUUUUUUAUUGUUUAUAUUUUAUUGUUAUAGCGCCAUCCACACCAUCUCCUGGCGUCCCGACGUGGUGCGGGCCUGGGCACAGGUGGAUCCGGAUAACCUCAAACAUAUGGCGAUAAUAAGUCCAGUUGUCAGAGAUGAUUGUGUCGGUGUUGUUUAUUUAGUCUUCUUGGUAAACUUAUUGUAAAGUGGUGGGUAGACCACAGCAUGCACGUGCAGAGGAGGGUGCAAUGGGUGCUUGAGCACCUGCCCUUUUGUCAAUGACGAAUUUAAUUAAUUGUUUAAAUUUGUAAAGGUCCUUUUUGUGAAGGCCUGUCGAAUCAAACUAUUAGUAAAAUGAAUUAAUAAUUUCGCCGUAAAUAAAAUGACCCAGAUUUUGACAUUUCACCUGAUGACCUCAUCCGUGACGAGCCCUCCCGUUCAGACACCGUUAGUGAUUCAGCAGCUCUGACCACAGGACACCAGCGGUUCACGCCGGUAAGAGGGGUUUGCUGCAAUGUGCUUGUAGUUGUAUAGGCCUAUUGCUGUGUGUCGCCUGUAGAAGUAACGUCAGCUGCCGACUAACACUGCGCCGACAGCUAACGUUACUUCUACACACAAGGUGCUCUGUUCACUUAGUUCUUGCUGUUUGAGGGAGAAAAGUUUCACGGGCGUCGCGAGGUAUUGUAUUUUUUUAUGUAAUUUGAUUUAAAAACCUUUCACUUGAACUAGGAUUAUUACAGUAACUUAAUAAAACGUAGGGUGCCUUAAAAUAAUUAUAACAUUAGUAAAACAGGCUUAUUAGGCUACUUAUUCCUCUGAAUUAUAGCCUAACUUAUCAGCCCUUUUUAAAACGAUAAUUUAAAUCAGAACAGUAUUUGAACAGAUUUAAUAGCAAAACUAUUAUGAACUAAAUAAGAUGAAAUGAAGAAGAAAUGGCCCUAUAUAGAUUUCAGACAAAGGAAUGAAAUGUUAAUGUGAAAGGUAAAUGCUACUCUGUCAUGGUUAUUAUGGGCCAACACACACAUUUUUAGCUUUAUGAUUAGACAGUCAAUCAAAAUCCAAAUAUAUCUGAUUCACAAUGCAACAUAUAAAAAUCAUUAUCACAAUAUUGCACACACACCCCUGUCUAUAGAUUUGUCUCACUCUUACCCCUGCCUUGGCUAACCUAGUCCUUUCUCCCAGUACUGUUUCCUUCCCAGAUUAUUUCCCACACUUCCUCUCCCUGCAGCUCUCGGUGUGCAGCAGAAUCUGUGAGUAUCUCCCUCUUAUUUUCACAUAGCAGCCAGCCUUGGCAGCGGCUGCAGCAGGUCAGUCAUAGUGAGCCCGUCCCAAAUACUGUCAGCAAUCUUUACAUCUUGUCCCGGUCACAUUUGUUUAAUUAUCUCAUAUGUAUCCUUUGUUUGUUAUAAUAAAUCUAGUCACAGAUCACCUCCAGUAGUAUCAGCAGCAGCAACAUCACCAGCAACUGUUCCCUGUAAGUUAUGUCAGCCCACUGUGUUUCAAAGCCAGAUCUGGGUAUUCCCUGUGUUUCUUUUUCAAAACUGUCACAGCAUUUGUUGAUGUAUCGAUACAGAAGCAUCUGUAUACGCAUUUAAUCAAGGAAUACAUAACGAUAAAUUUCUGUAUCGAUAUUUUGAGAACAGCCUUAUUUAAAUCCUCGUUCCAUGUGCCCCUUUUAUACUUUGAGCACCUGCCCUUCCAAAGGUCUCUGCUGUUGAUACUUGUAUGAUGUUCCUCAAAUGUAAGUCACUUUGGAUAAAAGUGUCAAAUGAAUAAAUGUAAAAGACGUGGAAAGUGAAACCAACAGUGUGAAAAUUCUUGUCAAAUCUUAAUCCAACCAACAAAAGUAUGGAUGCAUGGUCAACCCAGCCAUCAACCCAGCAGCAGGACCGGUAUCUGCUCCUUUGUGCGGGGAGGAACAGGAGGAGCAAUGCCAGAGCCCUACAAAAUGACCUCCAGGGGACAGCGUGUGCAUGUUAUUGUUUAAACUGUCAACAGACUCAAUGAGGGCCUGACAUCCUCUAGCAGGUUGUUUGCUCACACUUUACCUUAGAAAAUGUAUUAAAGUAAACCUGGGGGGUCAGUUUGAAUGGGCCUGAUGGAGCUGAACACAUUAAAAUCUAGAAAGUAUCUAUUUACAGGGGCUUUGCUUAAGUUUGCCAGUUGAGUAAAUGCUGGAUCAUCAGCUAGUACAAGCACAGUUGAUCCACAUCCAGCUACAGCCAGUACUAGCACAAACCCAGUCCAGACAUCUUUAGCAGGUCUCACAGACCCAGGUGAAGUGCAGCCUCAGCCAGCAUCAGAUACAUUAUGGCUAUGGCAGAAAUUUGCUUAUGGCCACAGGGAAAUCAGCACCGGCUGUGCCUACAUGUUAUGCUGUGUUAGUGUGUCUGCAUUUCCCUGUUAUUUCUCCCCUCCCUCUCUGUCAUCCCCCCCCCGUGCCUCUGUUAUAUCUACCCUCCUCUCAUCCCCCAUCUACCCGUAGUUUCCAGCAAGGCUUUCAUCUGUUCACACCAUUUUCCAAUCAUUCCUCUGAGGAGUUGGUCAAACUUCCUAGCAGAGUUAACAGCCAUUCUGCAAGAGUCCAGGAUGCUGCACCCAAAGAUAGAGUCCAGUGAUGGAGUGUCCUACAGGACCUGCAGUGUUUUGCUUUUCAUCAUUCUUCAAAUACAAUCUGUUGGAGCUCAGUCAGAGUUGACUUGUUCACAUCAACCAGUGGUAGCCCUGGCUGGUGAUGAUGUCAUUUUACCAUGUCACCUUGAACCUGCAGUCAGUGCCAGUUCUGACACAGUGGUGUGGACCAGACCUGGUUUGGAGCCAGAGUACGUCCAUGUUCACCAAGAUGGACGACUGAUAUUUCAGAGGCAAAAUCCAUCUUAUCAUUAUCGUACACGACUGUUUGCGGAUGAACUGAUGAAAGGAAACGUCUCCCUGAAAAUCUUCAGUGUGAAAAUCUCUGAUGCAGGAAGAUACUAUUGUUUCCUUGAAUCAAUGCAGAAGGAAGCCUCCAUCCAGCUCACUGUUGGUGCUGUCUCCUCGCCCAUCAUACAGGUUGUCUCAGAUAACAGCAGCAGUGUGGUGUUACAGUGUGAGUCUGCAGGCUGGUAUCCAGAGCCUGAGGUGUUCUGGCUGGACGGUGAGGGAAACCUCCUCUCUGCUGGACCUACAGAGACAGUCAGAGGUCCUGAUGACCUCUAUACUGUCAGCAGCAGAGUGACUGUGGAGAAGAGACACAGCAACAACUUCACCUGUAGAGUCCAACAGAAGGACAUCAACCAGACCAGAGAGACUCACAUCCAGGUUCCAGCUGGUUUCUUCAGGGAUCUGUCCUCUUCUGAUUGGAUUUUGAUCACCAUUCUUCUUUGCAUUGCUGCCUCGGUGUUCAUUUUAUUAACAUUUUACAUUUACAGGAUCAGGAGGAACAAGCAAACUGACAAAAACAAUAAGGCAGACUGUCCAGAGUUAUCCAGAUUGACUGGUUCAAAAGAAACUUGAGAACCAAAGAGCGACAGGUGACUAGAAGAGAGAGUGCAGACCAACAGAGAGACCUUCCUCCACCCUGUUCACCUCCAGUUCAUCAGAUCCAGGAAGAGGUCGAGCCCAUUAAAAGUCCACUCCUCUCACAUCCAGAUCAUCAAAAUGUUAAAAUGUAGAAGAGGAGCUGCAGAGGACACUUCAGUCAGUGAAAACGAUGGACAGAAAUAAGAUGCCCUCAUGAUACAGCAGGAAGAACUGUGGAGAUGAAACCUGAACUUCAGGAAGAGCAACACAGAGACAGCUGACAGUUUUUCAUACAAUAUGACUUUAAAACAGAGAUUAUUAAAUCUCUUUUAAGGAUAAGAGAUUUAAUAAUCUCUGGGUGUGGGGAUGUGAGUGUAAGAGCAUCGCGAGACGGGUGAGAUCCAGGAUGGCGGCGCCCUGCUGCUAGAUGAAUCAACUCAUGAAUCAACUCAAUCUAAACUCUUUUUUUAACGGUAAAAAAAAUAAAACUGUGGAUUAUACCAUCGAAACUCUGGAGCACACUGAACACUUCAUCGACGACUACUUUUUCAGACUGUGCGGGUCAGUGUACUUGAGAAAGAGAAACAGUUUUUGAAGAGUCGAGGUAAGGAGCUAACUACAGCAUGAACGAUCAGUACCCAUGGGAGAUUAAGGAUAGAAGAAAGAAAUUACUACCAAUCUCGAGACAAUGCCGUGAAAAGGGAAGGAGAGCCGCACUGACUGUAGACAUAACUACAACUAUAUAUCAACGGUAAACUCUACCACGACAGCAACAUCACCACCUGGCUAUAAACAAAAUGCAAUGGAUUCAUGUCAUGUGUCUAAUUGUCUCAUGUCAAUUCUAAAUGGACAAACAAGUAAAAGUGAAGUCUAUUACAUGUUUGUCGGUGUAUCUGUGUUUCUCCUAUCUACCUCAUCUACACAUUUACCUCCCUUCAUCUAUCUCUCUUUGCCUGUCCACUUACCUACAUGUUUGUCUGUUUCAUCUAUCUGUGUGUCAACAUCAUGUCAUGUAUGUACAUAUACUGGUGAAUAUUUCUUAGAUUGGUUGAUUGGUUCUUUUUCCAUAUUUAUACACUUUGUUGGUUUACAAUAUGUUAUAAUUACUUGGAAGUGUUUGUAGUGUAGCCUCUGGAAGAAUGACUGUGGUCUCACAGGGUAAAGGUGUUGACCGCUGCUGUUAUUCUUUUAGUGUAAAGUUUAACUGAGUGUUUAAUGAGUGUGUACCAACUCAUAUUUUAUUCUUAUACUCUGUGUGUUUAUGAACAUGUGCCUUUUCAAUGUGCCAACAUGAGCAGAACAGCUGCUCAGGCCGCGCAGGCAAAACCUAGCCAACCGUAACCUACACAAUGGAAGCAAGGCACCUGCUGUAAGUCACGCACGCCAGGCCUGAUAUCAUGGCGAACUGAGGCCAAGAAGGAGAUCAUGACACAUUGUGAUUUAUGGCGCCUGGUACUGCAUGAAACCAAGCUUUGCACUGCCGAAACUAAACUUGUAUGAGACACAGCACCCUCAUGGUUGGCAUUGUUGAAUCACGUACUUAUUCAUUGAAUCAUGUUAUGCAUGUAUUAAAUAUGUU